UGUGGGACGGAAGAACAGUAUGUACUGUAGAAUGGAUUUUUGACUACAGUAAUUACAUUCAAAUGAGAGGUUAAACCUGAAUAAAUAAGGUCUGACUAUCGGGAAAAUGGCCAGUGAAAAGCCCACUCUGUCAAAAAUGAAUAAAACUGAGCUUGAGGAAUUCUUUAAAUUUCUAUCUCCAUCUGCGAGAAUUGAUGUGAAGGCAUUUGCUCUUGAUUAUGUCCUGGGGCUGACCGGUUCUGCUGAAGGAAAAGCAGAGUUAGCAUCCGAUAAACGAUAUAUCGAGUGCCUAUUCAGCCUUACUAAAGACACCACGUCGUCAAUUGUCAAGGAUUCCUACAUAACUCUUUUAAGUUUGUCAGCAGACGAUAUAUUCACAAACAUGAUGAUCACCAACUACUGCAUUGUUCCGUCUCUACUGGAAUAUAUUGUAGAUGAGGAGAGCAAUAAUGCUGACACUGUUUGUAUGCUUGUUGCAAAUCUGACUCGCAAUUCAUUUUGCUGUCGGAAAUUUAUUGAGCUCAUUGACUCUGAUCAAUGCUCUGUGAAGCUAGCGAAGAUUGUUGAAGUAUUUUGUCAAAGGAAUUACAACAAAAAAGGAAACAAUCUAGACCACUUGGGGCUUUUUUUGUCAAACAUUACUCAAGUGAGAGAAGGAAGGAAGUUUAUAUUGGAUAGAAAUAUGUGUGUUGUUCAGCGACUUGUUCCUUAUACCGAGUAUGAGGCAUCAGAGAUGAGGAGGGGAGGAGUUGUGGGAGCCCUUAGAAAUUGCUGUUUUGAAACUGAUGACCAUGAAUGGUUGUUAAGUGACAAAGUUGACAUCCUUCCUCAUCUGCUUCUCCCAUUGGCUGGACCGGAGGAAAUAAGCGAAGAAGAGAUGGAAGGCAUGCCUGAUGACCUACAGUACCUCGGUGAAGAUAAAAAGCGCGAACCCAAUCCCAACAUUAGAAAGAUGUUAAUAGAAUCUAUAUGUCAGUUAUGCUCUACAAAAGAAGGCAGGCAGAUUGUGAAAGGUAAAAGAACUUAUGUGAUAAUAAGAGAACUGCAUAAAUCAGAAGAUGACAAAGAAGUUGGUAUCACAAUUGAACAUUUAGUCCAGUUGUUAAUUGGGGAUGAACCAGAGGAAGGAAUGGAGAACUUAAACAAAGUUGAUAUUCCACCAGAUGUAAAGGAAAAGCUAGAUAAAUUGAUGGAAGAAGAUAACAGUUAAAAGAGUUUAGGAAAAAAAUAGAACAACAUUUUAUUGUAUUAUAAUUCAGUGUAAGUAUUGAGAUAUAUUGUCUCUUCUUUUACUAUAAAAAAAAGAAAUAAAAAAUAGAAUUCAAUGUUUAAAUUGCCUGAUUUGUAUAUUUCAGGAAAGAUACUAGAAACAUGAGAUAGAACUCUCCGCAUAAAAGAACCGUAGCACCGAAAUGCAUGGUGGGAAUACAAAAAAUGGGGUCCUGUGUACGUCGGGAUAUGAAAAAAAACAACUAUGCUAAACUUGCAUCACGUAUUGUGAUAAAGGGUGGUGGAUGUUGCUGUGCAAUAAAUGGCAACACAAAAUAUAAAAAAUAUCACCAGUUGGCAUUAUAUAAUUUCCUGAAGUAUAGAGAGAGUUAAAAUACUGCACUGAAGUUUAAAAAAAAUAGCUAUAUAUUAUAAAUAUAUUUCAACAUUUUGUUUCAUUAAUUUUGACAUGAAUUAAUUGACUUUCGUAGUUAAGAACUUAAAAAUAUAUGAAUAAAUAUUAUAAAAUAAUUAGCCUAAAAACUUAUUAAGCAGUAAAUAUAUUACUCGGUCUUAUAUUAAAUAAUAAUUUCAAGGGCCACAAUUGAUUAUCGAUGGUAAUGAAAUAAAUUGGAAGUAUGCUGUC